AUCGCAGACCCCUAAAAUUUCAAAAUCUCUGACUCAAACCAUCUCUAUUUCCCAACCAACGCACCUCCAACCUCGCCUUCUUUUUAUUUUUUUUGCUCUCCGUCUUUCUUCUUCUCUGAAAUACCGGACGCCUUUCGGAAACGUCGACGGGCCGAUCCGGCCGCUCCGGUGAUAGAUCCGGCCGACGGUUCCAACCGGAAGUCGGAGCUCCGCGUCUGCGAUUUUCUUGUUUCCAGAUCUCGUUCCGAGCCUCAGCUUUCGGUUUGGUCAGGUUCGUGUUUUGAUCCGCAUUUCGUCGCGGUGUUUGUGUUUGUAGGAAGUCUAGGGUUUUGAGCGGAUCUGAGGUGGGAGUGCUAAAAUGCUGCUUGAGAUUUUGCGUUGUUAGGCGUCCGGUUGCCGAGAAAACCGAGGGAAAAGGAAAUGAAAGAAAAUGAAGAUGAAACAAGUCUUUAACAUCAUGUAGGCGGCUACUUCAAUCAGGUUUCUUAAUAGCAUAGAAUGGUCAGAAAAGCAAGAUUAUUGCAGACCCAAGGGAGACUAGUAUUUUCCAGAUUAAAAAGUGUGGAUGAGAUUAUUUCCUAUUGGCACUGUGUCCAUAAUUGAUCACAGAAGCAAAGUAUUUCUCACGAGAUCACCAUGAAUCCCCUGUCAGAAUUACAUAUAAGUGAAAAUGGAAGUUUUAAAAACUCAAAUGAAGGUUACAACCCAGAAGUUGCUGAACAAAUGGAAAGUUUUUAUGGAACGAUAGAGGGUAACCAGAGCCAGAUAACACAAUUAGUGGAGUGGCUAAAUGGUAUACUUCCUUAUUUAAGUUUGCCAUUGGAGGCUUCAGAGGAGGACCUAAGAGCAUGUUUAAUUGAUGGCACUGUUCUAUGUGGCAUUUUGAACAGGCUGAGUCCUGGUUCCAUUGAAAUGGGAGGCAUCUCCGAGUCACAUUUGGAGAAUCUCAAAAGGUUUUUGGCAGCUAUGGAAGAGAUGGGACUACCAAGAUUUGAACUAUCUGACCUAGAACAGGGAUCAAUGGAUGCAGUUCUCCAGUGUCUUCAGACACUUAGAGCACAUUUUAAUUUUAAUAUUGGGGGAGAGAACAUUCGGAAUUAUUCAAGAAAGAAAUGGAAUUUGUGCGAGGUAGAAUGUUUGGAGGGAUUUGAUCGUUCUCAAGGAGAUGCAUCUUCCCAUGGAGAACACUCUGAUGAAUUUGUAGAAGAGAGGAGGAAUUCACUGGACUCUAAAUUUCAACAUGUUUUGCGUCGUUCUGUUUUCUCAGAGCCAUCGGCUGCAUCAAUACAUCAUGUUGGACAUAGGUUCCAGGAGGGGUUCCAAUUGAAGCAAGGGGGUUAUGCUAAUUUUCCUGCUGCUAAAAUUUCUGAAUUAGUGGAACAAAAAAGUCUAGAAAACACCCCAACUCAUCUGCUUUUCAGCAUUCUGAUCAAUAUUCUGGAUGGGAGCAUUGAAAGAAAGAAUGGGGAUGUACCUCAUCGAGUUGCAUUUCUGUUGAGGAAAAUUAUCCAAGAGAUAGAGCAGCGAAUUUCUACUCAAGCAGAAAACUUAAAAAAUCAAAACAAUCUUUAUAAGGCUCGUGAAGAGAAGUAUCAAUCAAGAAUAAGAGUACUUGAAACCCUUGCAACUGGGACCACUGAAGAAAAUAGGGUUGUUAUGCACCAGCUGCAGCAAAUAAAGAUUGAAAAUACCAAAAUAGAAGAGAGGAAAAAACUUGAAGAGCAGGAUGUGGAUAGAUUAAUGAAGGAGAAGGAUCGUAGUGAUAAUGAGAUUUUGGCACUUAAAGAGGAACUUGAAAUGGCCAGAAAGACACAUGAGAAACAUUGCUUGCAAUUGGAAACACAAGCUAAGGAAACCAAAGUCGAAUUGGAGAAAAAAUUAAAGGAGCUUGAGAAUCUUCUAACAGAUUCAAAGAAGAAGGUGAAAGAACUGGAGGCAUUUUCUGAAUCCAAAUCUCGAAGAUGGAAAAGGAAAGAACUCAGAUACCAGAAUUUUGUAGAUUCUCAAUUUGGAGCUUUGCAGGAAUUGAGGGUGGCUUCUGACUCCAUAAAGCGAGAAGUUUUGAAGACACACAGGACUUACUCUGAGGAAUUUAAUUACUUAGGAAUGAAGCUUAAGGGUCUAACUGAGGCUGCUGAAAACUACCAUAUGGUUCUGGAAGAAAAUCGGAGACUGUAUAAUGAGGUUCAAGAUUUGAAAGGAAAUAUUAGGGUGUAUUGUCGGAUAAGGCCAUUCCUUCCAGGGCAAAGUGAAAAGUAUACAACCAUAGAAUAUAUUGGUGAGAAUGGGGAAUUGGUCGUUGUAAAUCCUGCAAAACAAGGAAAAGAUAGCCGUAGGCUGUUCAAGUUCAAUAAGGUGUUUAGUCCAGCAGCCACUCAAGAGGAGGUAUUUUUAGACACUCAACCAUUAAUUCGAUCCGUACUUGAUGGAUACAAUGUCUGUAUAUUUGCCUAUGGUCAAACUGGCUCUGGAAAAACCUAUACUAUGACUGGGCCUGAUGUAUCUUCCAAAGUGGACUGGGGGGUUAACUAUCGAGCUUUGAACGAUCUUUUCCAUAUCUCUCAGAGCAGAAAAAGUUCCAUCAUGUAUGAAGUCGGUGUCCAAAUGGUUGAGAUAUAUAAUGAACAAGUGCGAGAUUUGCUCUCGAGUGAUGGUUCUCAGAAAAGACUUGGGAUUUGGAGUACCACUCAACCAAAUGGUUUAGCUGUCCCUGAUGCAAGCAUGCACCCUGUUAAAUCAACCGCAGACGUACUGGAAUUAAUGAAUAUUGGAUUAAUGAAUAGGGCUGUAGGAGCCACUGCGCUAAAUGAGAGAAGUAGCCGAUCUCACAGCAUUCUCACUGUUCAUGUUCGCGGCUUGGACUUGGAGACUGAUGCUGUUCUGCGUGGAAGUUUACAUUUGGUAGACCUUGCAGGCAGUGAAAGAGUACUUCGCUCUGAAGCAACUGGGGACAGGCUUAGGGAAGCACAGCACAUAAACAAAUCACUAUCAGCUCUUGGAGAUGUAAUAUUUGCUUUAGCACAAAAGAGUCCUCAUGUGCCAUACAGAAAUAGCAAACUAACUCAAGUCCUUCAAAGCUCUUUGGGAGGUCAAGCGAAGACCCUUAUGUUUGUACAGCUUAAUCCUGAUGUGGAUUCCUACUCCGAAACUAUAAGUACCUUGAAGUUUGCCGAGAGAGUCUCUGGUGUUGAGUUAGGUGCUGCAAGGAGCAACAAAGAGGGAAGGGAUGUUAGAGAACUUAUGGAGCAGGUGGCAUUCCUCAGGGACUCAAAUGAAAAGGAUCUGGAGAUUGAACAGUUGCAGCAGGUUAAUGUCAACUCCACUAGUGGAAAACGUGGUAUGAACUCACUAAGGUAUGGGUCUGCUUCUCCAAGAAGACAUUCCAUUGGGGCUUCUCGUCAAAGUCACAGGCUGCCACAAGGCAAAGGCUCAGGUCUUGUUCAAAAAGCGGCUUCUGAUCUGGACAAUUGCUCAGAGUACAGUGACAAGCAUUCUGAAGCCGGUUCUUUGCCAUCAAUCGAUGAUUUUAGACAUAAGGAAUGUUUUGCCCAGUCCAAGCUUGCUGGGGGAGAUGUAGGCCAGAAUUUUACUGAAGACAUUGAGCUAUUAGGAUUUGGGGAUGCAGAUUCUGAGGAGAGAUUAAGUGAUAUAUCUGAUGGGGGCCUGUCAAUGGGAACAGAAACUGAUGGUUCAAUCAGCAGUAUUGUGGAGUUCACACUUUUCCCCGAAGCUGUAAAACCAGCAGAGAACACAGAGAAGAUAGAGAAGUCGACCAUGCCAUCUAAACUUCCCAGGAUCCCCCAGAAGCAGGGUCCAUUGAGGUCUUCUCGGUUGCCAUCGUCAAGCAAGAGUGCCUCGAAGGUUGCAUCAAGUUCUAGGAAAACCCCUGCUGUUGCCAGCUCAUCCUCGACCAAGCUCACCAAAAGAUGGCAGUAAACUUUUGAAGGGAACUUGAAGGCAAAGCAAUUUGGACAUCUAAAGAACCCGCUCCUAGUCUAGUCUAUACUUCUAAUUUUAAGUUUAUCAUAUCCCUAGCUUCCACAUAUCUCAUGGGAAUGCUUAUGUUGAGAGAGGUAAUCGGGAACCUAGUCAGUUUGUAAUGUAUAUACUUUAGGAUAGUGGUUGUAUCACCUCCUAUUUGCUGGCUUUCACCAUGAAUGUAUCAUUUUUUAAAUGUUUUUAUCGCAAUGCUUGGGUCAAUGACCCAGAAAACAUGAGAAGCUAUGUAAGUUUAGGAUCUUACGGAUCGUUGGGUUUGUUAUCAGUUUC